UCAACUUCACACGUUUCUGCAAGAAGGGUGAAGUUUACGUGAGCAGCAUCUUGGUUCUUGAAGUUGUUUCUUUUGUGCUCUGAUAAUUCACCCAAAUUCAGCAAAAAGACUCUAAAAAUUGAACAUCUUGAACGUAAUUAAGUGUCCUUUCCUUUUUGGAAAGUUAUCAGACUCUGUCUAACACCGUCGCUGAGAAGUAUAGGAGAAAAUGACAUAAAAACAGUAGAAGUAACUUCAGCUUGUUUACUUUGACUGAAUGAAUGACCAAGAGUUUCAACGAUACUAAACACUGGAACGGAACAGAAAAGAUCCUGACAACUAAAAUACGCCCAAGUGUUUGUGAAUGUAUUACAUCAGUUCGAAAUUUCGUUUUUACAGCCAUCUAUUGUGAAUAGCUGAGACUCGGUACAUCGAACUGUUGAGAAAAAGGCAUAGCGAAAGAAAAGAAAUAUAUAUAUAUAUGCAGGAAAAGUUACAAAACUACGCGUGAGUCAUGGCAGUUGGGAUAAUCGUAACAACAAUCCUCCUCAUACUCUGCUCAGUGGAUAUCGUGGGCAAUUCUCUUGUUUGUGCGAUAAUAUGGAAAAAUAGAAAUCUCAGGGCCCCCAUUCAUAUUCUCCUUUUUAACCUUGCUGUGGCGGAUGGUGUCUUUGCAUUGCUUAUUACUCCUAAACUUAUUGUGAGUCUCAAUAUAAAGCACCCAGAGGGGGUGGCUGGUACAGUUUUAUGCCGAGUGAUAACUGGUGGAGCUUUCGCGUGGUAUGCAGCAAUAUGUGCGAUAUUCACUCUGGUUGCAAUUGCCUUCGAAAGAUAUUUUGCAGUCCAUGAUCCGCAAGGCAUGAAAUGGAAUCUCUCGAAACGGACACUAAAGGUGAUGAUAACAGCCUUUUGGGUCGGCGCGGUUAUAGUAUGCAUCCCUAACACCAUACACAUAAAGCUCAAUGAUGGUCACUGCUAUGAAAACUUUCCUGAAGAGUGGACUAACACAGCUUAUACAGUGUGGAUCACCAUCCUAGUAUUCGUUGCCUUGUUAUUGAUGGUAAUACUGUACUCCAGAGUCGUGCGCACGUUAUGGUUUAAAGCAAAUAUCGUUGCCAAUCCUGUGUCAUCUCAGCAAACGGAUAUACUGAAAGUCCGCAAGCGGGUCACCUUAAUGGCUGUGAUUGUCAGUGUCAUAUUUGGAGUCUGUUGGGGUACAAUCCAGGUUCUGUACACCUUGCAUAGCUUCAAGGUUUUUCAGUUGAGUCCUUUUGUUAUCGCAAUUUCCAACAUUCUGGUAUUAUUUAAUUCUACCAUCAAUCCCUUUGUGUAUGCCCUGCUCAGUGAAAACUUCAGACAGAAAGUCAAAGGAAUGGUCGGAUGGCCAAAGGCUGCUGUUGAUGCCACAACGGAGCUUCAGCACAUUGAAGUUCGCACUGCAACAGAUAAGUCAAACAUCCCUGAUGCUUCGACCAACACAACGACAUCCGUUAGCCAGGAGUAAAAAAACUUUUUCAAGCAAAGCUUUCAUCAAAAAGCACUUUAUAAGUAUAUUUUAAAAACUGGCACUUAGCAUAGAAAUUGGUUGUUUGUUCGUUUUUUGUUUGUUUUUUAUAUGUGGAAAUCUGUACUAAUAGUUAAAUUUAGGAAUAUGUAAUCAAAUGGCACGUUUUCGCGGGAAGCCUUACUAAUCGUUUAAUUUUUAAUUUACGAAUAACUAUAACCAAGAGAAAGUAAAUCUCCAAAUAAUGUGACCAUUAAUUUCUCUAGAUAUCACCGUUUCACUUUUUUAAAAUAACAGCAAGAUAAACUAUAAGAAACUAUAAUCAACUUUGAUGCGUCCUUUGAAGACGGUGUUGUAAAAAAAGACAAAGGAAUGUUGUGCGGUGAUGGAUUCAUACAUAUUUUUGCCCAUUAAAGGAUGAGUAGGUUAAACCAUGAAAAUUAAAAUGCAUUUGUUUCCAAAGA